AUGAAUAAGAGGGAAAAGCAAUCUGUUAUUCUGAAUCUCUUAAUAAUGAAUAAAGUAGGAAUUGGAGCUUUAUUAGAGAAUAAAAUGAAGAAGGAUAAAGUUGAUGAUAUGAUGGCUAAAUUGUUCCUUGGCUGGGAUUACUAUAGUAGUAAUGUCAGAGAAGGCAGAAUCUUAGUUCUUUGGCAGAAGUCGUUUAUAAAAGUUCAGGUACUAUUGGAACAACAACAAUUUGUUCACUGUUUAGUUAAACUUACAGGCAUGCAGAUGGAUAUUUUGGUCACUUUUGUUUAUGGUCUUAACACUAUGGAUGAGAGAUUGGAGAUGUGGAGGGGUCCUUCGUUUAUUCAUGUUCUGAACAAGCCUUGGUUGAUUGUGGGAGAUUUCAAUGUUGUGUUUAACUUUGAUGAUAGAGCGGGAGGGAGGACAAUAAGUGCUGCUGAGAUUCUUGACUCUAAAGCUUGGCUUGCCCAUACUCAGUUGGCUUCUCUAAAGAGUAUUGGUUCUAAUUUCAUCUGGUCCAAUAAGCAGGAUGGAGGGGAUAGGGUUUACUCGAAAAUUGAUCAUGUGUUUAUUAAUGAAGAUUGGAUAGAUGCAUUGCCUAACUCUAUUGCAGAAUUCCAAUGGGAUGUCCAUUCGGACCACUGUUAUUUCCUUAUCAAAACUCUCAAACUUGGUAAUCUGGGCAUAAAGCCAUUUCGGGAGGAAAUUGGAGAUGUUGAGCAGGGAUAUCAUCAAGCAAAAGGUGACUAUCAACUGGCACUCACUAGAGCUCAAGCUUCACCAACAUAUAUUGCUGCUCAGGAGGCUGAAAAAAUAGCAGCAGAUCGUUAUCAAGAUCACUCUGCCAGGGAGGAGAACCAUAUUAUUUCCUUUCUGAAUGAGCAGGGGGUCAUAAUUGAUGAUUACAACGAAGUGGUUCAUCAUUUCUUGGACCAUUUAAGAGGUUAUGUGGGAAUCUCUAGUUCAGCCAAUAGUACUUUUAAUUCUCAGUGUAUAGAGUUGGGUCCUUGUCUGGAUAUUGAGAUGCAGCUGAGUUUGACUAGGGAGUUUAGGAAAUCUGAUGUCAAGAAGGCUCUUUUUAGCAUUCCAGGCACAAAAAGUCCAGGGUCGGAUGGAUAUGGUUUUGAGUUUUACAAGGCUAUGUGGCAGAAUAUAGGGGAUGACAUAUCAGAGGCUAUCCUUGAGUUCUUUCAUUAUGAGCAGAUCCCUGCAGAGCUUAAUGAAACAGUUCUUGCUCUGGUCCCUAAAACUGAUAUGCCUAGCAGAGCGGUUAACUACAGGCCCAUAGCGUGUUGCAACACUUUAUAUAAGUGCAUUUCAAAAAUGAUAUGUAGUAGACUCUCGGAAGUUUUACCUAAUCUGAUAAGUCAAAAUCAAGGUGCCUUUGUUAAAGGGAGAUCUCUAGCUCAUAAUAUUCUUAUUUUUCAAGAUUUGAUCAAGAAUUAUAAUCGAAGAAAUACUUCCCUGAGAUUCAUUCAUUGGGUGAUGGUGUGUCUCUGUGGCACUUCUUAUGUUCUCAUGUUGAAUGGAAGAUUGCAGGGGGGGUUUCGGAGUGUUAAGGGACUUCGCCAAGGAGACCCUAUCUCACCAUUACUCCUUAAGGUUAUUAACCUUUGCUUUGCUGAUGACUUAGUGAUUUUCUAUAAAGCUAACAGCGGCUCAGCCCAGAUUGUUAAACAUGUUUUUGAGGAAUUUUGCAGUAGUACAGGGUUGAAGGCCAAUCUCAGUAAAUCUCAGGUGUUUUUUGGAGGUGUUUCGGCUGCUGUCAAGGUCCAGCUGCUUCAGAUUUUGCAGCUUGAAGAGGGAACUUUUCCUCUUAAAUACCUGGGGAUUCCUAUGAGGCCAACAAAAUGGAAAGUGGCAGAUUGUGGUGAGAUUCUUAAAAAAUUAAACUAA